AUGGAUUGUUAUCCAUGUCGUUCGUUUAAAUCAAAAGUUCACCAACAAGUAAUCUAUUCAUCAAAAUCAUCUACAGCUAUGCUACAAAAGCAAGUAUCUCGUUUAAAUCGAGUUCAGACUAAUCGUAAAAACUAUGAAGAUUUCAUUGUUGUUUGGCUCGAUGAAAAUAUUCAGAAGAUUGAUGAUACCCAAAAAGUGAUUGCUGAAUUAAGAAAAAUGAUGAACCGUUUAGAAAUAUUCGACAACAAAGAAUGUUGUCUGGAUUUUCUUCGUGGAAUUAAACGUGAGAAACUGCUUCUCGUACUUUCUGAUUCAUUUGGUCAGUAUGUUCUUCCACAAAUUAAUUCAAUACCUCAAUUAGCAUCUGUCUAUAUUUUCUCUGCUGAUAAAAUUAAACAUGAAAACUGUUCACCAUCAUUCAAAAUUGUACAUGGUAUUUAUACUGAUAUCACUUCACUAUGUGAAAAAAUUCGAAAUUAUAUUAAACUCUCUUCUAACGAUUUACAAGUAAUCAAUACUAUAAUAGUUGAUGACAUUAACAAAAACCGUCAAGAGCCUAGUUUUAUGUAUGUUCAAAUACUGAAAGAUAUUCUGGUUGACAUGCAACAUGAUAUCGAAACUGAAAUUAAAUUCAUUGAUGAUCUGCGUAAAGAGUAUGCAGGAAAACCUGCCUGA